AUGCUUAUUUUGAAAUAUCUUAUUACUCGAUUUACAAGUCUUAUGCCUCCUUUGAUCUUACCAGAAAAUCCCAUUACUCUUCUUGGUAUGCUCAAUCGUCAACAGAUAGCCUUCUUUAUUGUCGCUCUUCUUGCAUGGACAUUUGAUGCUUUUGAUUUCUUCACUGUUACUCUCAAUAUCAUCGAAAUUGCAACUACAUAUAAUAAAUUACCAUCAGACAUUACUUGGGGUAUUACAGUAACACUAAUGCUUCGUUCUGUGGGUGCCAUUAUUUUUGGAAUUGUUGGCGAUCGAUUUGGACGUAAAUGGCCAUUCAUUGUAAAUAUUGUUUUUUAUGCUAUAGUCGAAAUUUGUACAGGGUUCUGUAGUACAUACGCACAAUUUAUCGGUGUUCGUGCUCUUUUCGGAAUUGCCAUGGGCGGUAUCUAUGGUAAUUGUGCUGCUACAGCGCUUGAAGAUGCUCCGAUCGCUGCACGUGGUCUUCUAUCAGGCUUGUUGCAACAAGGCUAUGCACUUGGCUAUCUACUUGCUGCUGCUUUGAAUCUUGCAAUUACGAAUAAUCAACGGUAUAGAUGGCGAGCACUUUUUUGGUUCGGAGGCUGUCCUCCAUUGCUUGUUGCGCUUUGGCGCAUCUUCUUGCCCGAGACACGAGCAUUUCUCUGUGUCAAAGAGGCGCGCAAAACGAACGCAUUUGCAGCUGAUCAUCAAGUAUCUGCAGUACGCGCAUUCCUCAGUGCUAUUCGUCCUGCACUCGCUCAACACUGGCCAAUUUUCAUCUAUCUUGUAUUAAUGAUGGCUGGAUUCAACUUUUUAUCACAUGAACGUUAA